CAUGCUCAAAACGAAAUAGACAUAAAGAUGAAUGAUUGUAAAAAACAAGUUGAAUCAGACACGGCAUCAAUACCCAGGGUCUACAGAAAAGCCGUGGGUUCACUCGAAAAUUCUGGAAUUAAUAUUAUAAGCAAGUUACCAGAAUUCACCAGUGUAAAAUCGACACUUUACCGACAUCGAAAUAAAACUCUGGAAGUAGAAAAAUUAUACCACAAAAGUUUUUCUGAUAUUAAGGUUCCGCCUAAAUUUGAUUCUUUUCUGUUAGCGGACUACUAUCGUGAUGACGGUGCACGAAUUUUAGUGUUUGCAUCCAGUGACGCAAAGAAAGCUAUGACGGAAAAUAAGGACUUUUUCAGUGAUGGCACAUUUGAAGUAAGUCCAGUACCCUUUUGUCAGCUCUAUACUAUACAUUGCGAUUUGGGUAGUUCUCAGGAGACUACAAAUAUAAUACCCGUUAUCUAUGCCUUCCUCCCGGAUAAAAAAACGCAAACAUACAUUACACUAUUGCAAUUAAUAAAAAGCCAAAUACCGGACUGGAACCCUAUGCAAUUUAAAACAGACUAUGAGGAGGGCAUGGUAAAGGCAAUAAGGUACGUUUUCCCGCAAGUGGAUGCUAUUAUCACUAUCGUGAGAGCCUGA